GUAGUGUUAUACCGUUACUGGAUUGCAGUGGUCGGGUCGGUGGUAUACUUCCUAAAGUGUUGAUAUAAAAUAUUCCAUAAAAAUAGAAUCAUGCAGGAUUAUAUCUACUUUAGGAUAUUCGGAUAUGCUGUGACUAUAAUAAUGCAUGUAUCAAACAUAUAUUUUAUGGCAAAAGCAAUAAAGAAAGAGCAUUACGAUGAUCCGGUGCUAAAGGCUUAUAGUAAUUUACAAGUCCGAUACUUUACAUGUUGGACAUUUGGUCUACAAAUCAUCUACGCGGUGAUUGGACUCAUCUGUGAUUUUUCAACAUUACGAAAUAGGAACAACAAAAACUACAAGCUACCAAAACAUUUAAGAGGCUUCAGAGAUACACUUUUCGCUGCAAUUAUUUGGCCAUCUACUUUCCUGGUUUUCACAGUAUUUUGGUCGCUAUUCCUUUACAAUAGGGAUCUAAUUCUUCCGAUAAGCAUUGACAAAGUACUAACCCCUAUAUCAAACCAUGUGAUACACACGGCUAUAGUACCAGUCGUGCUUUGGGAAGUUCUAUUCCGACCAAGGAUCGAGCCGAAGUCACAUAGGAGAUAUUUAGCACAUAGCGUGUUUCAUCUGUUUGUCUAUUUACUUGUAUUAACCUACACAUAUAUAGAACGAGGUAUCUGGAUUUAUCCAAUAUUAACAAAUGCCUAUGGUACAAUCUACUUUCCGAUAAUUUGUGCUGUUAUGUUGUUUAUCAAGAUAUUCUCAUACUUCAUGCAGUGGACAUUAAAUUCUAUUAUACAUGGACAAAACGUAAAUAAGAAAACGAAUUGAUAUUGUGACUACUUAAUUUAAAAAUAUAAAUUAGAAGGGCGCGCACACCUUUGAGUAAAUUGUCGCAGAACGUUUAGUUGCGCUUUGUUUGCUAUGAGCUUGUAUGGUGCGCACACUACGCGAAUUUUAGUUGUGCGACUAAACAGCUGAAUAUGCUGCAAAACAAUCGACAAUAGCAUAACAGUUGUGCGAUGGUUUAGUCUAAGGUGCGCUCACUCUAAGAAAUAUAAGGAUUAUGCUGCUAUACAUUAAGCCGUCUGCAGACGUCGGUUAUAACAGUCGAAUGGUUCGGUUUAACCGGUCAGUUAGAACUUAGCGUCUGUAGCAAGCUUUAGGUGAAAGGAUAGGUGCAACGCAAAGGGUUAAUGGUAAUAAAUACAUGGACAUUCUGAAUCACAACUGACUUGUAUAUUAUGACUUUAUUUGUAAUGGUUGUGAAAAAAAUUAAAUAAGUAUGCUUAUAUGUAAAAUUAAUUUUUUUACUCGAAGUAAUGUAUGUGUAGAGACGUGAUUUAUUUAAUUAUUUUAUGUACUGUUUAGUGU